CAACUAUUCUUUUGCUAUUUUGUCUUUUCACAACCUUAAAUAGGCUUAGGGUUUUUGAAGAAGAUAAUAAAAAGCAAAACCUCAAAACCUUUUCUCCCACCUCAACUUUAUUCCACUUCUUCUUCUUCACCUCACAGUUUCAGUUUGCAGACAAAAAACGCAGAGAAUAUAAUAGAUUCAAAAUGCUGGACAUCAAUCUCUUCAGAGUAGAGAAAGGUGGCAACCCCGAACUCAUUCGCGAAUCCCAACGCCGUCGUUUCGCCAACGUCGAACUCGUCGACGAAGUCAUCGCCAUCGACAAACAAUGGCGCCAACUUCAAUUCGAUCUGGAGAAUCUUCGCAAGGACUUCAACAAGAUCAACAGGCAAGUCGCUCAGCUUCGAAUUGCAGGUGAAGAUGCCAGUGAGAUGAUAAAGAAUACUGAGGAGAAUAAGAAGUCAGCAGCAGAGAAAGAAGCUGAAGUUCGGGAAGUUUUACAGCAGUUGAAUUCAAAAUUGCUAUUAAUUGGAAAUCUUGUUCAUGAUUCAGUUCCAGUUGAUAAUGACGAGGCAAACAAUAAGGUGGUCCGAUCAUGGGGUGAGAAACGAUUGGAGCCAAAACUAAAGAAUCAUGUUGAUCUUGUUGAGCUCCUUGGGAUUGCAGAUUUGAAGAAAGGUGCUGAUAUAGCUGGAGGCAGAGGUUUCUAUUUGAAAGGAGAUGGUGUGCGUCUUAAUCAAGCUCUUAUUAACUUUGGUCUUGAUUUUUUGGAGAAAAGGGGAUAUACAUUAUUGCAAACUCCAUUCUUCAUGAGAAAAGAGGUCAUGGCAAAGUGUGCUCAAUUAGCACAGUUCGAUGAAGAGCUUUACAAGGUCACAGGUGAGGGAGAUGACAAAUAUCUGAUUGCUACAGCUGAACAGCCACUUUGUGCGUAUCAUCUGGAAGAUUGGAUCCACCCUUCUGAGCUACCAAUAAGAUAUGCUGGAUAUUCCUCUUGCUUCCGUAAAGAGGCUGGUGCACAUGGUCGAGAUACUCUGGGAAUAUUCAGAGUUCAUCAGUUUGAGAAAGUGGAGCAGUUUUGUAUUACCAGCCCUGAUAAUAAUGAAUCUUGGGACAUGCAUGAGGAAAUGAUCAAAAACUCUGAGGAUUUCUACAAGAUGCUAAACCUCCCCUAUCAAGUUGUUUCUAUUGUUUCUGGUGCUCUGAAUGAUGCUGCCUCAAAGAAGUAUGAUUUGGAGGCAUGGUUUCCUGCAUCUCAGGCUUACAGAGAGCUGGUGUCUUGUUCAAACUGUACAGACUAUCAGGCAAGAAGAAUGGAAACCCGAUAUGGACAGAAAAAGAGCAAUGAGCAGACAAAGAAAUAUGUGCACUUGUUGAACUCUACUCUCACAGCAACAGAGAGGACCAUGUGCUGCAUUCUUGAGAACUACCAGAGGGAGAAUGGUGUCGAGAUACCAGAAGCUUUACGAGAAUUUAUGGGUGGAAAGACCUUCCUACCUUUCAAGAUCAGACCAGCCCCUGAAGCCAAAGGGAAGAAACCGAAGGCCUAGUUUUAUUAUUAUAAUAAGCUUUGACUGAGUAUUAGCUGGGAAGUAAUUAACAUUUCUAUGUUUUUUUAUGAAGGGUGUCGGGGAUGGGUAGGAACAACAGAAAACAAAUUGUUCUGAUGCAUUGUUGAGAAAUUGGAAAACCUAAUUUUAUGAUCAGUGUUUAAAUUCGAUUUUGCAA